AGCGGAGUCCCAAACCCAGGGAUGCAUUUGCAGCGUGGCUUUUCGGAAUACGGCGUUGACGCGCUGCGGCCACACCAGCCAUCUCUUCUUCUUGCCGUCGCUUCCGCUUUCUGUUCUUUUUCCUCGUGGUUUUCAACUGACAAGAUGGCUCCUACCGCCAAGACCAACAAGGGUGAUACCAAGACCGCUGCUGCCAAGCCAGCGGAGAAGAAGGCCGCUCCCGCAGCCGCCGCCGCCAAGGGCAAGGUGGAGAAGCCGAAGGCUGAGGCCGCCAAGCCCGCGGCCGCCGCGGCCAAGAACGUGAAGAAGGCGCCCGAGGCGGCCAAGGAUGUGAAGGCAGCCGCCGCUGCUGCCAAGCCCGCGGCAGCUAAGCCCGCAGCUGCCAAGCCCACCGCCGCUGCCAAAGAUGCCGGAAAGAAGGCUCCCGUUGCUGCUCCCAAGAAGGACGCCAAGGCUGCCGCUGCUCCGGCUGCCGCCAAGGCUGCUCCGGCCAAGAAGGCUGCCUCUACUCCUGCUGCCGCUCCCCCAGCAAAGAAGGCUGCUCCCGCUAAGGCCGCAGCCCCGGCUGCUGCUGCUCCCGCUCCGGCUGCAGCUGCUCCUGCUGUCGCUAAGCCUGCGCCUAAGCCGAAGGCCAAGGCUGCCCCAGCUCCCAGCAAGGUAGUCAAGAAGAACGUGCUGCGUGGCAAGGGACAGAAGAAGAAGAAGGUCUCGCUGCGCUUCACCAUCGACUGCACCAACAUUGCUGAGGAUAGCAUCAUGGAUGUGGCCGACUUCGAGAAGUACAUCAAGGCCCGCCUUAAGGUCAACGGCAAGGUGAACAACCUGGGCAACAACGUCACCUUCGAGCGCUCCAAGCUGAAGCUCAUUGUCAGCUCCGACGUGCACUUCUCCAAGGCAUACCUUAAGUACUUGACCAAGAAGUACCUGAAGAAGAACAGCCUGCGCGACUGGAUCCGCGUGGUGGCCAACGAAAAGGACUCGUACGAGCUGCGCUACUUCAGAAUCAGCUCCAACGACGAUGAGGACGACGAUGCCGAGUAAAGAUGUAGCCGAUCCAUUCAGUGGAAUCACUAGGUUUACAUUGGUUUUUAUUAUACAUUUCACGUCCUCAAGCGGCGUGUUUUUAUAAGCUAACAGCAAGAUGUGAACUCAUGAAAAAAAGAAAACUUCGGGCUAGCCUCAAUAAAACAAUUGUGUGUGAACCUUA